UUCCCCUAUAAAAGCCGUUCCACGGCGCAACCUUGAUACUCUUGCGAAGAUGUUCCGAACGUUGCUACUCAGUGUUCUCGUUACUGCAGCCCUCGGCUUCGUGCUAGAGGAGCGCCCACCGAUCCCCGAUUCCCAGAUCGUAGGAGGAUCCGCGGUCGAUAUACGUCAACAUCCGUAUCAACUCAGCCUGCAAACUACCGGACACAUUUGCGGUGCCUCGAUCAUCAGCAGUAAAUGGGCCGUCACUGCGGCUCAUUGCGUGGGAUCGGCACCUAGCCGUUACAGUCUACGGGCUGGUAGCAGCAAUAAAGAUACAGGUACUCGUUACGGCGUAAAGAACAUCAUCCGCCAUCCUCAGUACAACUCGCAGACUAUUGAUUAUGACAUUGCGCUUCUGGAGAUCGAUGGUGAAAUCAAAUUCAGCCCGACCGUGCAGCCCGUGAAACUGACUUCCGCGGAACCGUCGACCAACAAACUCGUGGACAUUACUGGCUGGGGAGCACUCCGGGAGGGCGGAUCGACUUCCUCGCAACUGAUGAAGGUGUCGGUCCCGAUCGUGGCCCGAAACAAGUGUCAAGAGCAUUACAGCCGUUACGGCACGAUCACCACCCGUAUGAUAUGCGCCGGAUACGUCCAGGGUGGCAAGGACUCCUGCCAAGGUGACUCUGGCGGCCCUUUGACGUCCGCCGGUGUUCUUUACGGUAUCGUUUCAUGGGGCUUAGGAUGCGCUCAGCCGAAUUAUCCCGGUGUUUACACGAACGUGGCCUCGUUGCGAAGCUGGAUCUCGCAGAACGCCCGCGUUUGAAUCGAACAAAAGAAACAGAAAGGACAAUGAACGUGUACCGCGACGACUUUUUCUAUCGAACUCCUUUGGGGCUGUAAGGCCCUAGAUUAUAACCAGUCAUGGGACACGUUCAUUUGGACUAUCAUUAAUAUUGGACGAUUGUUAAUUCAAAUUGGAUCGCAAUUUGGAUUUUAUUAUUCACGUUUUACGAUUAUUGCGCGUAUUUAGUUAAUUUUGACCCGCCCUUUAGGUUGUAGAAUAAUUGAUUUUGUCAGGUAUAAAAUGUUUUAAAAACGACUGCCGCCUGAUGCGGUGCUAUUUUGGAAUGUUUAAUGUUUUGUGAAAGCUUGUAAAUAUGUGGGUUAAAUAAAAAAUAUCAGUAUCGAAUGAUUUAUCA